CUGGAGGGGAGCAUGUCUGCGAGUCGAGCCAAGAAAGUGAAGAUGGCCACCAAAUCAUGCCCCGAGUGCGACCAACAGGUUCCUGUUGCAUGUAAGUCAUGUCCCUGUGGUUACAUAUUUAUUAGCAGAAAACUUUUAAAUGCAAAGCACCCAGAGAAAUCACCACCUUCAACAGAAAACAAGCAUGAGGCCAAGAGGAGGCGCACAGAGAGAGCUAGGAGAGAGAAGAUGCACCCGGCAGGAAAUAAGGAUUUAGAAAACAGAAAGAGGUCCCGGAGUAACAGCCUUUCAGAUCACAGCAGGCGAGGAAGAGGAAGACCUAAAAGUGCAUCUGCCAAAACACACGAGGAAGAAAGAGAAAAACAGGAAAAGGAAAUUGACAUCUAUGCUAACCUCUCUGAUGAAAAGGCUUUUGUGUUUUCAGUCGCCUUGGCAGAAAUAAAUAGAAAAAUUAUCAACUGGUCUCUGCUGGUUUUAAGCCAUAAAUCUGGUGGAGGAGUAGCCUUACUAUCUCGUAGCUUUUAUCAGUUGCAGCUGUUUUGCCACAUCCCCUCCCUCAUAUCCAUGCUGCUGUGCUGGCCACAGGAUGGAGAGGCCAAGACCAACAAGGUCUUUGGCUUCAGGGGGGUUUUAGGCUAA